AUGGAGACGACAACGGAAUCGUUUUUUCACAAUUUGACCGAAGAAGUAUCUUCAACAUUUCCACCGAUUUCGACGACAGACGCGGUAUCUCAAACUUUGGUAUCACGCCGCGAUUCACUUUAUAUCGUAGUACCAGUAACGAUAAUAUAUUUGGUGAUAUUCAUCGCCGGAAUCAUCGGAAAUGUGAGCACAUGUGUCGUGAUUUAUCGGAUUAAGUCGAUGCACACUGCGACCAAUUAUUAUUUGUUCAGUUUGGCAGUUUCGGAUCUUGUGUUUCUGAUUUUCGGACUGCCUCCCGAAAUUUACCUAGUGUGGUCCAAGUACCCUUACAUUUUUGGGGAAUGGUUUUGUAUUGUUCGCGGGCUAGUUGCAGAAUGUUCAACAUACGCGAGUGUCUUAACAAUCACGGCUUUCACUAUCGAACGAUACAUCGCAAUUUGCCACCCCUUUUUAUCUCAUACGAUGUCCAAGUUGUCGCGUGUUGUCAAAAUGAUCCUAAUAAUUUGGGUGGUCGCAAUUUGCUUUGCGUUGCCUUUAGCUCUGCAGUAUGGAGUUAUCGAAGCUACGCAUAUCAGUCCUGAUAUGGUUAUUUGUACACUGAAAAACCCUUACCUUCAGCACUCGUUUGAGCUUGCGACUCUGCUGUUCUUCAUCAUACCAAUGAUUCUUAUCACGAUUCUUUACUCGAUGAUUGGGCUGAAGCUCAGGAAAUCGAGGAUGAUGAAGAAGAGAAACAUUAGAAAUCAGGGAACGCGCAGUGCUCAGGAGAGCAGAAAGUCUAAGUGGGAUAAUCGCAACACUGGAAAAUCUUCUAGGCGGGUUGUUAAAAUGCUUGUGGAUAGUUAUCAUGUUUGCAAGGAUUCGGUCAGUUGA